GCGGCUGCAUUUUCAUUACGAACUUUAUCAGAAGACGAAUUGCUGUGUUUAUCGCUUUGUUUAAUGCCACUCGAUGGUUCGGUGGUGCAAAUGUCCAGCCAGGGAUGACUAAUUAAUCAAGACUAGCGCCACGCCGAGGAAUCCCCCCGAAAACUACGAUCAAGAUGUCGACUAUUGAUUGGGGCGAUUUCGCCUGGAACUGGACACAGUUCUGUCCCACUGGACUGACGCCGUUCGCUAAUGAAACCAACGAUCUGUUGCCCUGCUUCCAGAAGACCCUGCUCCAGCUGCCCAUCUACACGAUCUUCGCCGUCGUAUCCGCCUACAAUUUCGGCAAUCAGUCGCGUCCCGUCGUUCGGAAUGAGUUGCAACUCCGGAUGUUAUGGAUACGGGCCUUCCUGGGCAUCAUAUUGGCCCUGCUUCCAGUGGCCAAGGUGUUCGCCUUCCACCAGGAGGGCGUUGAACUCUACGCCGUGGAUCUGCUGGUGGUUAGUGCCGAGUGCAUUAUGUGGGUUGUUCACAGCGGUUUUUUAUUGACAGCCCGUCAAUAUGGAGAGCUUAGUCAUCGGGGAUCGCUGCUAAUCAAUGUCGUUUGGCUGACAGUUGUGGUUCUGGAUGCGGUAUGGCUGCGGACGAGUCGCCACUUCGAUUGGUGGCCCUGGAGCCUGGCCACGCUGCUCUGUGAUCUCUUAUUUGGAGCCACCUUGAUACCCAAAGGAAGUGCUGUUUAUUCCAGCGUGUCCAGAGGAAGAGCUUCCAGCAGAGAGGAUGAAGCACUCCUAUCCCAGCAAUAUACCUAUUUCCAUUUCGAUGUGAAUGAGAGCCACUUGGGUCAUGCCCAGGAUGAAGCUAAUUUGGGAUCACGUUUCCUCUUCCAAUGGGUUCAGCCCCUAAUCUCCAAAGGAGUAGCUGGAAAGCUGAGGAAGAUUGAGGACCUAUUUGAUCUCCCCGACGCCCUGAAUAUCACACGACUGAGUGAGAGGUUGCAUUUAGCUCUGUCCCAAUCCCAGAGUUUAUGGAGAGCCCUGCAUAAAUGCUUUGGAGUGGAGUUUUAUCUCAUAGGAAUCCUUAGAUUAAUCGCCGAUUUGAGUGGCUUUGCGGGACCCUUACUGCUCGGAGGACUACUCAGACAGGAUCACUCGGACUCCAAUCAGGUGUAUUAUUAUGCCCUGGGACUCUUUGGCAGCACAUUGCUGUCGGCUGUAUGUGCCACCCACUUCGACUGGCGCAUGGCCAUGGUUUCGAUGAAAAUGAGAGUGGGAGUGAUCAACUCUAUAUACAGGAAAGCACUGGAGGCGAGGGGACUAAAGGAAUCCAAACCAGAUAUGCUUAAUCUCAUGUCCACUGAUACGGAUCGGAUUGUCAACUCUUGCAUUAGUUUCCACUUCUUCUGGAGCAUUCCCUUCAAGCUGUUCACAACAUUGUACCUGUUGUAUCUUCAAUUGGGAGCAGCCUUUUUGGCUGGAGUAAUGUUUGCCGCCCUUUUGAUUCCAAUUAAUAGAUGGCUUGCCAAAAGGAUUGGUAUAUAUUCAAGUGGUUUGAUGACUGCCAAGGAUGCCAGGCUAUCUGCUACUACGGAAACAAUGCAAGGGGCCAAACAGAUCAAGAUCAAUGCCUGGGAGGAUAUAUUCAUCACCAAGAUUCGAGGUCUUCGACAGGAGGAGCUGCGAUUCUUAUCGAAGAGAAAAUACCUGGAUGCCAUGUGUGUAUACUUUUGGGCCACCACACCCGUACUAAUGUGCUUGCUUACUUUUGGAGUAUCCGUGCUAAUGGGAAAUCAGUUAAUAGCUUCAACUACUUACACCAGUGUAGCCUUACUUUAUAUGCUAAUUGGACCGUUGAAUGCUUUUCCAUGGGUGCUCAACGGCUUAAUUGAAGCGUGGGUUUCCAUAAAGAGAGUUCAACAACUGAUGGACGUGCCCAACUUGGAUUAUUCCUCUUAUUACAAUCCUAUAAUGAGAGGGAGUGGCGGAUCGGCAGCAGAAGAUGCUCCUUUGGAUGCUCCGAAAGCCAGUGUGCUGCAAAUGAAGUGCGCUAGUUUCUGCCACGAUAGUGAUGACAAUACAUCAUCCACACCUUUCCGCCUUAAAGAUAUAAAUGUGGAUAUUAAAACGGGUCAGCUCGUAUGCAUCGAAGGCCCUGUGGGAGGUGGGAAAAGUAGCUUUCUAUCCGCUAUAGUAGCGAAUCUGCAGUGCACCGAUGGCGAGGUUUGCGUCCAGGAAUUGACCACAGGAUUUGGCUACGUUCCCCAGUCACCGUGGCUCCAAAGAGGAACCAUCAGGGAUAACAUUGUAUGGGGCGCCCAGUUUGAUGAACAAUGGUAUAAAACUGUUUUGCAUGCUUGUGCUUUGGAAGAUGAUCUGCAAAUCCUUGGAGGUGAUCUCGUUGGCGUGGGUGAGAACGGAAGGACCCUGUCCGGAGGGCAGAGAGCAAGAGUUGCACUGGCUAGAGCGGUUUAUCAGGAUAAGAAAGUUUACCUUCUGGACGAUGUGCUCUCCGCUUUGGAUGCUCAUGUGGCCAGACAUAUCAUCAAGCACUGCAUUCUGCGCCUCCUUAAGCACAAAACACGUAUUGUGGUCACACGAAGCAUUCAGUUGUUUUUCCACGCCAAUCAGAUUCUUCAAGUUAAGGAUGGUCAACUUCUCCCCAGUGAAUACAUGACCCAGAGCAUUGAUUUAAGUUUGGAUGAAGAGGUGGAUGAUGACCAAGACGAAGUAGUGAGGCGACGAUCAGUGGAGUUGUCCAACCAGGACGACAAGAAGAGUGUGGAUAGUCUGCUUCUGGAGGAAUCCAGAGAGUACGGACAUCUCUCAGGCGACGUUUUUACCUGCUACUGGAAGGCUGUAACUUCUCCACUGGCGUUCAGUGUUUUACUUUCUGUAUUACUCAUGCAAUUGACAAGGAAUCUAAGUGAUGCCUGGUUGGCGUAUUGGGUCACUGAAACUACUUUGGAUCCUCACCCGAAUGACACUUUGUUGGAGCACGAAUUGAUGCGACCUGCGCUGGGAAAUGAAACUGGCUCGGGACACACGACAAAGUUCUAUCUGAGCAUAUUCACAGCAAUCGCUGUAACCAAUUCCUUAGUGACGCUAGCAAGGGCGUUUCUUUUUGCCUAUGCUGGAAUAAAGGCAGCGAUCUUUAUGCACGAGAAGCUUCUGAAGAAAGUUAUGUUUGCCAAAUUCAAUUUCUUUGACAUCACUUCUGUGGGUCGCAUUCUGAACCGUUUCUCAUCCGAUACCAACACUGUGGAUGACUCCCUGCCCUUCAUUUUGAAUAUUCUGUUGGCGCAACUUGCUGGCUUAGUGGGAGCUCUCUGUGUCAGUCUGUAUGCGAUGCCUUGGCUGGGUCUGGUCAUCAUUCCUAUGGUUCCUAUCUACCUGAAUCUGCAGCAGCGUUAUCGCCACGCAUCCAGGGACAUCAAACGGUUAUCCAGCAAUGCAAUGUCACCGCUCUACACGCAUUUUACGGAGACACUUCAGGGAUUGACGACGAUAAGAAGUAUGCGAGCUAGUCCGCGAUUCCAAAGGGACUUCCAAGUGAAGCUCGAGGAGAGCAUUAAGGCCCAGUUGACGCAAUCGGCUGCUCAACAAUGGUUAGCUCUGCGACUCCAGUUACUGGGAACACUUCUAGUUGGAGGAGCUGGUCUUCUGGCAGCAAUAACCGCCUCUCACACCACCAAUCCUGGCUUGGUGGGACUGUGCAUCUCGUAUGCUCUCUCCAUAACUGGUCAAUUGGGAGAUCUAUUACAUGCUGUAGCUGAAACGGAGCAGGAAUUAGUUGCAGUAGAGCGUAUAGAUCAGUAUCUUCAGUUGGAAGGAGAGCAGAAUGCCUCCGGAAGUGCUGAACCUCCAUUUGGAUGGCCUACCCAAGGAGUUCUGAGUUUCCGUGAAGUACAACUAAGCUAUAGAGAACACUUGGCACCUGCGUUAAGAGGUGUAACCUUCCAAACUGAGGCCUUCGAGCGUAUUGGCAUCGUGGGCCGCACUGGAGCUGGGAAAACGUCUGUUUUAGCUGCCCUCCUGCGAGUGGCUCCUUUGUCGCAGGGAGAGAUUCGAUUGGACCAGGUUAAUCUAAAAACUCUGGCACUAAGUGUGCUUAGGGAACGGGUGGGAGUUAUCACCCAGGAGCCAUUUCUUUUCGAAGGCACUGUGCGAGAAAACCUGGAUCCGCGUCACGGCUUCUACGACUCGGAGAUUUGGCAUGCAAUUAAGAACUCGGCGGCGGCCACUCUUCUCGUCCAGCAGUUGGGUGGACUAGAUGGCAAAGUGGAGUCAUGCGGCAACAACCUUUCCGCUGGUCAAAGACAGCUUCUCUGCUUGGCGAGGGCGCUGCUCAAAAAUGCCAAGGUGGUGGCCAUCGAUGAGGGUACUUCCAACCUGGACGACGAAUCCGAUCUGAGCAUCCAGCAGGCUUUAAGGAAUGCCUUUAAAAGUUGCACUCUCCUGUUUAUCGCUCAUCGCCUGCGCGGACUGCACGCAAUGGAUCGGAUAAUAGUACUGGAUGAUGGACGGAUUUGUGAAGAGGGAAAACCCAAAGAUCUGGCCUCUAAUAGCUCAACCAUUUUUCAUGGAAUGCUCCUCGCCCAGGACAUUAAUCCAGAGGAUUUUACCAGACCGAAUUAGCAAUAAGUAAACAUUUUUAAGAUUCAAAUGUAUAUAAGUCAAUUUUUAUAUGAUUUUAUUUAUUGUUUUUUUAUUGUGUUCCUAACUUAUAAAUCCGUUUUGAGUUUACUUAACAAAUAACAAAUGAAAACUAACAUCCAUUGUCCUAGCUUUAUUUAAUUUUACAAAUAUUAAUUUGAGUGGCAAUCUAUUUUUGUAGUGAAUUUAACAAAGUAGAAAGUAGUUAAAUCCGUACAAAGUUGUUACAUUAAAAAAAAAUUAUAUAUAUAUAUAAUAUU